AUGUUUGCUGCGCAAGAAAAUACUGUAGCUGCAUUAUUCAAUGACUCAAUUCCGUGUUGGAUUCUCAUAAAACCAGAGCGGCAAGCUCUAGAGGAUGACAGUCGACAAGUAUUCGAAGGUCACCAAGACUCGGUCACCUCAUCGGUAUUCUCUCCAGAUGCAUCACUAAUCGCAUCUGUUUCCGAAGAUUGUACUAUAAGGAUCUGGCGUGUGAGCGACGGGAAAUGCUUACACAAGUUAAUUGGCCACAAAGACGCGAUAUUUUCUGUCGCAUUCUUUCCAAAGGGUGACAUUUUGGUUUCUGGCUGCCAAGAUAAGAGUGUUAGACUGUGGUCUGUUGAAGAUGGCAGAUGUCUAAGGCGUCUGCGAGGACACAAUAGCGCCGUGAAUCAGGUGGUUGCGUCCCCCGAUGGCCAAUUUGUCACCUUCUGUUCUUCACUAGAUAAGGGUGAUGGAUCAGGCAAGAUAUGGAUCUGGUCAAUACCAGAGCGCGAGUGUCUUCACGAAUGGCAAGGACAUUGGGGAACAGUUCAUUCUGUGGACUUUUCAUCCGAUUCAGAGCUAGUGACCUUUGGGACUGCCGAUGGACUUAUCUAUGUAUGGCGAGUGAAGGAUGGCGUGUGUAUUUACACUUUGGAGGGACAUGAAGAGCCCGUACACUCAGCGGUUUUUGCUCCUGACCUUUCCUAUCUGGCCUCAAGCUCUGCUGAUGGCACAGUACGUAUAUGGAACUUUGCAGAGGAGCAAUGUCAGCAGGUAUUCGACUGUCAAACGUGGACUACUACGAUUUCUGUCUCUCCAGAUUCAAAGCAAAUUUCGGCUGCGUCUUCGGAUAACGUCAUACAAAUAUGGAACGUGGAGCAAACCCGCUGUGAGUAUGAACUGAUAGGACACACCAGCUAUGUCAACUCAACUGUGUUCUCACCGGACGCGAAACUGUUGGUCUCAGGCUCCCAUGACUUUACAGUUCGUGUGUGGCCUGCAAAUGCUCCUCCGAAAAAGCAAAAGUUAGAUGACAAGCCUCGUGGACUAGGAGCAAUUAUUGUCUCUCCCGAUCACUCUAUAAUAGCAUCAGCUGAGCUUGCCGGGUCGAUAAAACUGUGGGAUUUCCGGGGAGGGGGCAUGAUUAGAGAGAUGAGAGCAGCAGGGUGUGACUUCCUUCAUGUGGACGAGUUUCAGUUCUCCCCAGACGGGAAACGUCUACUUGUUCUUGGCUAUUCAUCUGGAAGUGUCGGUUGGCUGUGGUCCGUUGAUGACGGUGAAUGCAUUCACGACUUCACAGAGCAUGAGUGGACUGCCAACCAUGCAACGUUCUUGCGAGACUCGAAGACUGUCAUCAUAGGUUGUGAUGACUAUGUGAUUCGUCGGUGGAACAUUGAGGAUGGCUUCAUGGACGAACUUAUAGGCCACGAAUCGGCGAUAUCCGUGGUGUCAGUAUCGAAGAACCCCGAGAUGCUUGCCUGCGGUGAUUAUGGUGGGAUAGUACGGCUUUGGGAUCCCCUUGACGGAACAGUCUUGCACAAGCUGCAUGGACCUGAAGGCGAGACAACCACUGCAGUGUUUUAUCAAGGAGGAGAACUGCUUGCAAUAUCAUACUCUGACAACACUAUACGUAUUUGGAACACAAAGACCGGAAUCUGUGCAAAGAUGUUGACAUCGACCGAAGACAUAGGCUCUGUUUCCUUUGCGCCUGACCUAGCUUUUCUCGUAUCAACUCACAGCGAUGACACGGUUCGGAUCUGGCGCAUUGAAGAUGAGACAUGUUUACACGCUCAAAAGUUCCCUCGCAUUGGGAGUUGCGAUAUUGAGUUUAACGGAAGCGGCUCUCAGUUGGUAUUCGACGCUGGCCAGCUGUUGAUUAAAGGUUUGAGCGCCGCAGAUUCGACCAUCGAAUUGGUUAACACAGGCUUAGCAUUGAGUAAAGACUCUAGUGCAUCCAUCUUGUUGGUUGAUUAG